UGGGAAGCAGUGGUCUUUUUGUACAAGCCCCCUGCUGAGUCAGAGCUGUCCAUCCUGAGUUUUGCUGAAUCCAGAGGUAUAGGUGUGACCAGGGGCGGACUGACAACUCAUGGGGCCCCCAGGCAUUACCAUUUGGAAACUCGGUCAGUAGGGGGCCCCAUGAGAUGCCCCUGGUACCUUUUUCAUAGGCUUUUUUGAGUUUGGGCAAGGACACAGGGGCCCCAUGAUCCCCUAUUGCCCCGGGGGCCCCAU